CACACAACUAAUACAACAAAACACUCCUAUGUCAACAUUUAUAGUUCUACGUCUGCUCACCUUGGCGCUGCAUUCUUAUUUUCAGAUGCCUAUAUUCUAAGUGGUGCGUAAACCCACCAUAUAGAGCAUAGACAAAUAUUCAUUUCUCUAUGUCAUUAUCAGAUUAUCUACAUCUACUUAUCUGUGGUUGUUAUUUCUUCAUGAAGAGUGUCGUGGGUAUAUAAAAAUAUUUUUAGUCGGGGAAGAAAAGACAAGCUUCAUGCUAACGUGCACAGUUCUCGAAUUGUACUUGUACAUAUUUAUUUUCACAAUUAAGAAUUUACGAAGUGUUGAAGCCAGAAAUGGAAACAUACUCAAACAUUUUCCUAGAUGAAAUUAAUCAUCACAGAGUAAAGAUGGAAAUGGGAGAAGAUGAUAGCUAUGAAAAAGGAAACUCAUUUGACUUGGACCAGAGGAAGAGUCCAAAUUUUCAGGACACAACUGAUUGGGGGCAUAUUGAUGAAAAGACUGAAUUCAUGGGAAUUGUUCAGCAUUACACUGAUGAGAAUGGAAUAAGAUCGUCUAUUAAAUAUGAAAAAGGGGAGUUUGCUUCAAAUCAGAAAAACAAUCUCGAAGGGCAUAUAGAUGCUGUCCAUUUGAAUGAAAGAGAUGAUUAUGCAGCCAACCAUAAAGUUCAACUCAAAAUUCAUAUCGAUUCUGUCCAUUUGAAUAAAAAAGAACAUAAAUGUUACUUAUGUGAUUAUGCAUCUAAUCAGAAACAUGUCCUCAAAAAGCAUAUAGAUUCUCGGAGACCAGAGCUGAAACGUCUACAACAAAGAGGAUAUUGCGAACAACUGAAAAGGAAGACCCUAAGAACAAUAACGGGAUACAAACUGGCGGACAGACAGAAAUUCUGUUAUAAGAGAGAAGUGCCAAGUGGACGAUGUGGUCAGAUGGAUAAGGAAGAGGCGGAGAGAGUGGAACCAUCAUGUGGACAGAAUGAGCUAAGACAGAAUGGCAAAGUUCACCAGGGGACAACAAACCCCCAUUAA